AUGCCUCCCAUACGUGGCAAGCGAGGUCCAGAGCUUGAUUGUCUUACCAGAGCUAAAAUAUGUGAACUCCAUGCCACUAAUGGAUGGGGUGCAACAACUAUCAAAAAGAAGCGAUUCCCGGAUAUUCCACGCUCUACCAUUCAAUAUACGCUUACACAAGAGUCAAAGCGUCAAAAGCAGGAGUCAUUACCGCGUCCAGGUGCUCCAAGAAAGCUCACAGAGAACGACCGUGACCAUAUUUAUGAGACUAUCCAACAAAACCCGUCAAUUUUGAUCCAAGACCUUCUUUCGGAGGUCGAUAAUAAGGUUAAACGCAACUCAAUUUGGCGUCUUACGCACGAGAUGGGCCUUCGAAAGUGGCGGAAGAUGCAACGGCCUACUUUAACGCCUCAACAUGCUGCAAAACGUCUUGCCUGGGCUCAACGAUAUGAGCACUUUACUUCCGAGGUUUGGGCUCGAGUUUAUUGGUCAGAUGAGUGUACUGUUGAGCGUGGUAUUGGUCAACGGCAAGAAUGGACCUUUACUCGUCCAAAAAAUCAGCUUUGGGAGCAUCCAAAAGAAGGUCGUCAAGUUCAAAUGAUUCCAGCUCGAGGAAAACAGAUUAAACAGAUGUUCUGGGCUGCCUUCUCUGGUCUUCCUCGACGCUCUGGUCUUAUACCUUUAUUCGGAGAUCCUGAAUCUCGUCGUGGUGGUGUUUCAUCUCGAACAAUCGAUGAGCUUUAUCGGCGAGUUCUUCCAACACUUUUGAAUAGUUUAGAUCAUGAUGCUAUUUUUCAACAAGAUAACGCGCCUGCUUGGCAAGGCCUAGAUAUUGAGAUAUUUAAGCAUCUGGCAGAUACUAUGCCACAUAGGGUGGUAGAUGUUAUUAAAUACGAAGGUUGGCAUACUAGCUAUUGA